AUCCUCCUUUCCUCCUUUCCUCAGCUUUAAAAUGGAACCAGAGAACAACGACAUCGUCCGUGUUGACAAUAUUGAGCCGGUGGGUUCCACCACUACGCCUACGACCGAGGCCACGACUACGACUGCACCGCCUGAAGAAGACAAGCCCCAAUCCCAGCUCAGCAACUGGUUGCCCAUCACGGCCUCCAGGAAAGCCAAAUGGUGGUACUCCGCUUUUCACAAUGUCACCGCCAUGGUCGGCGCCGGCGUUCUCGGCCUGCCAUUUGCCCUCUCUCAGCUUGGAUGGGCUCCUGGAGUGACAGCCAUUGUGAUGUCGUGGAUAAUCACGUUCUACUCGUUGUGGCAACUGGUGGAGUUGCACGAGGCGGCUCCCGGGCGGCGAUUUGACCGUUACCAUGAACUUGGGAUGUAUGCGUUCGGGCCAAAGCUGGGUUAUUGGACUAUAAUGCCUCUUCAACUCACAGUUCAAGUGGCUUCCACCAUUGUGUACACAGUCACCGGCGGGAAGUCGUUGAAGAAGUCAUUCGACCUUAUGUUUCCAGAGGUGUUCAAUAAAAUCCGACAAACCUACUUCAUUCUCUUCUUCACGGCGUUUCAGUUAGUAAUGUCCCAAAGCCCCAAUUUCAAUUCCUUGAAAGGAGUUUCCCUUCUUGCUGCAAUCAUGUCCUUCGCCUACUCCAUGGUAGCUUGCGUUGCAUCAUUCAUCAAAGGAACAGCCGACCACCACAUCCACCAUGUCACCUAUGGGGUUCGAUCCCACACCACCGCAAGCCGGACCUUCGAUGCCUUGAAUGGAAUCGGGACGAUCGCGUUCGCCUUCGCGGGGCACAGCGUGGCUCUAGAAAUACAAGCCACCAUUCCUUCAACCGAAGAGACGCCGUCCAAGAUCCCCAUGUGGCGCGGGGUUUUGGUGGCUUACAUCAUUGUUGCCAUCUGCUACAUCUCCGUUUCUGUUUCAGGAUAUUGGGCCUUUGGGAUCGCUGUUGAAGACGACGUUCUUGUUUCUCUGGAGAAGCCUAAUUGGCUCAUUGCUGCUGCCAACUUCAUGGUCUUUCUCCACGUCAUUGGAAGCUAUCAGGUAUUUGCAAUGCCGGUGUUCGAUACCAUAGAAUCGGCUCUAGUACAAAAGUACGAGUUCAAGCCAAGUCGAACACUGCGACUAAUUGCUCGUAGCAGUUAUGUUGCGCUAGUAGGAUUUGUGGGGAUGUGCAUUCCAUUCUUUGGAGGAUUACUUGGAUUCUUCGGUGGACUAGUGUUUGCUGCCACCUCAUAUUUCGUGCCUUGCAUCAUGUGGUUGCUGAUCAAACGCCCCAAACCAUGGAGCUUCCAUUGGAUUGCAUCUUGGACGGCGACCAUCGUUGGAUUAGCAAUAGCGGUGCUGACCCCAGUUGGUGGACUUCGACAGAUUAUUCUUUCAUUCAAGACCUAUGAGAUUUUUUCUUAGACCUUUUGCUUUUUGGAUUUGAUUUUGUUUGUAUAUAU